AGAGAGGAGAGAAGUGCGACCCCGUGCUGGAUGGAUGGUUAUGGGGAAGGGAGCAGCAGGACCUUCGGCGCUUGAAGUCGGCAAGAUCCUUGUUUUUUUUCUUUGCCUGUUUCCUUCUGGUAAGACUUUGCAGUAGUUAGAGAUACUAAUUAAAUCAUGCGUCUGUUAACUGUAUUAAUAUGAUUAUUAUCUAGUUAUUACAACCAUUGUUUUGCAUUAUGCUAGCCCAGUUCCACGAUGAUGGCAACACUGAAAAUUAUAUAUUGUUGCAUUGAAAUAACAUUAAUAGAUUUCACAUUCAAACAUCCUUAUUACAGGAACCAUUUUUUUUCACACUAAACUUUUUCAAGUUUUGCAGCGCACAUAGCCUGAACAACCUGCCAGAUGGAUGUAUAGGCAUAUACCUACAUUAUUUGUUAAACAAGACAAGUAGUUGAGUUUAUCAACAAAAUGGAAGACUGACUUUAUAAGUUGCAUGUCAACACUGGUAAAACAUACAAUGUCAGAGACAUGUGGAAUCGACUGUGUCGGUACGUACAGCCAAUGCUUUGGCGUUUAUUGUGCUCCAUGUUGUGGUGUAUUCGUAAUUUUAAAAAAUCGUUACAUCGGACUUUUUUGUUUCUAUUGAAUCAUUUUACACAGCUCAAGCCUAUGCUACUCAAGCGGUAGAACCCCGUAGUUGUGUUAUGUUUGGGGGGAGGGGGAUAGGGUUUACGGAUUUUAUCCUCCUUUUCUAAAGUAACCUACGGGUACUUGCCUUUUUCUUUUUCUGCACUUAUUGCAUCGGUUUAAAAAAAGUUAUAAAGAAAAAGUUCGGGGAAUCCCUGAAUCCCAUGCACAUAGAUUUUCUCCAUCCGUUUAUCUUAUUUUUGGUUGGAUGAACAAUAAGCAAUUCGUAACCAUGCUUAGGUUAUUUAUUAAAACUCCUUGAGCCCCUUCUUCCUUUUAAUGAGAUGCACAAAAAGCCUAUCUCCAUGGCCUCGUAGAACUCAAUUUGCACAUUUACCGAUCUUUAUCUGUUUCUGUUUCAAGUCAUUUACCGCCAAACAAAAAAGUGAUAAUGCAAGUGUUAGUUGUUGUUGACGUUUAUUCAAGAUUAAGAUUAGUUUAUUGCCACUUAUCAGAUUUGUGAUAAUAAAUUCGUUUUGUUGCUGGGACUGGGAGGAGGGAGUGGUGUGUGCUGUUUGGGGUUGGAAUAGUUGUGGUGGAAUGAUAGAGUCAUAAGUAUUAACUGGUUAAAUAAAGGUUAAAUAAAUAAAAAAUAAACUGAAAGUGUUUUAUGGUCAUUGGUCAAUAAGUUCUGAGGGAACGUUUGGUGGAGCAAAGUUACAUGUAGACUCGUCCUAAACUGAAGUUUGUUUAUUAGGGUGAAGUUAGUAGCUAGGAGCUUUUGAAUUAUUACAUGUGCUCUUUCCUAUACCCCCCACCACCAUCCCCAUACCAUGCCACCCAAAGCAACUUAAAUGUCAGGUCAUGUAAUUUAAGUCCUGGUGAAUGCUUGUUGGAAGUUGCAUUACUCUUUGAUUAGGGCCUUCUGCAAUGGACAGGUGGAUAUCUUAUAUCCAGUUUGACCUGUGGAAUGGUGAGGCCUCUCUUCUGUUCCGCUCUCUGGUUCUGGAGCUAGUUUCUCUCCUGUUGGAGAUAUUUGGUGGAAUUUUGAUUUUCGUUACACUUGAAGUAAAAGUUAUUUAAUGGAAAUAAAUGCUCAAUUUGUCUCGAGACACUGAAAAAACAUGGAAAAAAAUCAAAGAAUGCUGCAGGGCUUUUUUGGAUUAUAGGAGUCGAAAGACAAGCCAUUGCAUAGGUUAUUGUUUAAGGGUUUUAAACACACAGAUAAGACUGUAUAACACUUGCUUUCCUUUUGUUUCUUUAGUACAUUAGUUGUUCAACACAAUGUUUAGUGAUUGGAUGAACAGUCCAUUGUGGGUAUUGGUUUGCCAUUGUUGUGUGAACUAUGGUCCUAAUGUUUUCUUCUCCUCUCUACAGUGAGUCUGCAGUGUAAGAUCCUCAAGUGUAACUCAGAGUUUUGGGCCUCCACCUCAAGCUCUGGCCCAGAGGAGGAGUUCUGUACGGCACUGCGGGCGUACAACAACUGUGUACGCCGCACCGCACGCACUUGCAGAGGCGACCUGGCCUACCACUCAGCCCAACAUGGCAUAGAGGACCUCAUGAGCCAACACAACUGCUCCAAGGAGGGGCCUACAACCCAGCCUCGAGCCGGGACCCCCGCUCCACCCCCACCACCACAGCUCCAGCCUGACAGCCAGGAGCGCUCUGAUGGGCCGGAGCAGUGUCACUACGAACGCAGCCUUCCUCGCCAUUCCUCGCCACCCAACUACACCCACUGCGGCUUCUUUGGAGACCCGCACCUCCGUACCUUCAGCGAUGACUUCCAGACCUGCAAGGUGGAGGGAGCCUGGCCGCUUAUCCAUAACAAAUACCUGUCUGUUCAGGUGACCAACACACCUGUCGUGCCUGGCUCCUCUGCUACGGCCACCAGCAAGGUGAGAGGAGCCUCUACAUCUCUCUAUCAUAUUGAAUCAAUGUCAUAUUGACUGUAUGUUGGGUACAGCACAGUUACAGAGUGUCUGGUGAUGCUUGACAUUGCUACUGAUCAAGUAUUAUGUGAUUAUUUCAUUGCCACAGACUGAAUCCUUGAAAAACGACUCUCUUGAAGUAAUAUUUUACAACUUUCCUUAUCAUAGAAAUACCAACAGACCUUGCAAAACGUCUGAUAGCACCGGUCUUCUCACCGCUGCAGAGGAGUGUAGACAUGCACUAUCUAAGUAGAGAACAAAAAGAUACAGGUAACUGCCAAAAUAAUGGAAACACUUGAGUAAAGGAGGGAUACAAAGUAUAUUGAAAGCAGGUGCUUCAACACAGGUGUGGUUCCUGAGUUAAUUAAGCAAUUAACAUCCCAUCAUGCUUAGGGUCAUGUAUAUAAAUGCUGGGCAGGCAGGCCAUUAUUUUGGCUACCAUGGCCAUUUUAGGAAAGGGAACGUUUUGCUGUUUCUCCUGAGCAAGGCUGCUACUCCUCUAUUUUUCCAUUUACUUACUAAAGAAAGCCCUUUCAGGGAAUGGGAGAGAAUAUUUCUGCCUGCUUGUUUGAAACAGUGAAUGGAAUGUUAUUGGACAAAUUGUACUGUAGUGAUUUAUUUGUAAGAGCUCUCAAAUCAAGAAAUAUUAUGAUAAGUAAGACCUUCGUAUGUAAGAGGUUGUGGGCCUCUUUAAUGUGGUCAGAGAAGUAGGAGCAGCCGUGGGAAUGUUUCACUGUGGACUCUGGUUAAUGUUUGGAUCAGUUCCAUCGCAGACCAAUAGGCAAUACACAGAACAAUUGUUGGGAUCAUGAUAAGGUUUACAAAUGAUAUGCCAGUAUUAUACUCGCAGUAUAAACAUCAUGUGGACAGCCAAGACAAAUGUUAUGCCCACUUUAUGUGUAGCAGUCCAUACCGUAGCAUUGUGUGUAUGUUAGUUAGAAAAUGUUGUUUUAACUAAGUGCUCAAGCCAUACAAGAAACUGCAGAUAUUUUCUGCACAUUAGUUGGCCCUGAUACCUCAUAAAUUACCAUUGUUUUGUUUCUACGGUACAUUGGACGGCCUGAGGGCCGCCCCAGAAAUGUAUUUCACUAGAACAUAAGGUGAAAACAAAGAACCCUGAGCAUUUGUAGUCUGCAAAAUCACGUAAUAUUAGGUCCACAUUUGGUACGAUUUUGGCAGUCGUGGUUGUGUGACCAAUAGGCCUUCGUGCACUGUAUCCUGACUGCAGGGUUUACACUGACAUUUUGUCGUCAAUCACGUAAAGAGAGAGACCAAUUUUCCAUCAUCAGACCUAAUGAUGCACUUUAAGCAUUCUGGCUUUUUUUUCUGUGCGCUUAAGGUAAUGAUAUCAUUACACAGCUGUACUUGGAAGCAAAUUACACCACUUUUGAAGUUAUUCAGUCUGGACAAAGGGAAAACAAGGCAGAAGCCUAUGCCACCUGUACAAACAAGACUUCCCUGGUAUAGAUAGACCUGGGCAUUGCUGGAGCUCUGCUUCAUAUGGGCUCCUGCUGCAGUGUAUGGAAUGGUCUGCUGUAUGCACCACCUUCAUUCAAGGGAUGGGUUGAUGAAACAGUUUGUUUCUUUAUGCACAUGGGGUUUUGUAGAGGUUUUUUCAUGUUCUUAGAUCAAGUUAUCCUUCGAAAAGAGGGGUCAGUGGCAGGUAAAAAACAACUAUUUUGGGAAUGGGCGAUUGCGGGGUGGGAGGAUUGAGGGGUGGGUUGGGGGCUGGGUUGGCAGAUGACUUGACUGGGUAAUAACAGGGCAUUUUGGUGCUAAACUUCCCCCUCCCGCCCCUGCCCCCUAUUUGAGAUCAGAGCCUAUCGGCUGUCCCGGGGUCACUUCUGAGACAACGGCUCACUGGCGUCCUAAUGAAACCAUGCAAGCGGAGAAGUGACCAGCCUUAGUUAAUUAGCCACAGAGCAGAGCACGCUCUCCCCUACUGGCUCAGUGCCACUCCCUGGAGCACAGUUCUGGGGUUCACAGGCAGGUUUUUCACCACUAUGAAUGGCUCUUCUUUGUGUCUACACACUGAGGCCCGAUUUAACAUGGCCUAUACCCGUGUUUUCUGAGAGCGUUUACUUUGGCCUCCCCCAUGUUGAGGCAGAGCUGAAAUGUGACACUGAACUGGGGUGGUGGGGUAGAUGGGUCUGCAUUACACAAACUACUGGUGUUCUUAAUGCCAAAGCACAAAGAUUCCCCUCUGUCAUUUGUGUAGCCCUACCACUAACUCUUGUCCACAUAAAAAUUUAAAUAUAGAGAAUCCAUACCGUUUUUUUAUUAUUCAACUGCUGUUCAAUGAUUUAAUAAUUUGAUAUCUAUAUGUACCUUGCUAUUUUCAUCCUCAAAAGGCCUGACACAUAUUGAAACAUAUUGGCUAUUGUUGUGCUGACUGCUAAUUCUAAUCUUCUCCUCUCUCUCUCUCUCUCUCUCUCGGUACAGUUGACAAUCAUCUUCAAGAACUUCCAGGAGUGUGUGGACCAGAAGAUGUACCACGCGGAGACAGACGAGCUGCCUGCGGCGUUUGCCGACGGCUCCAAGAAUGGUGGAGACCGCCACGGGGCCAACACUCUGCGCAUCGUGGAGAAGGUGUCUGGGCAGCAUGUGGAGAUCCACGCACGCUACAUCGGGACAACCAUCGUGGUCCGGCAGGUGGGCCGAUACCUGACCUUUGCUGUGCGGAUGCCAGAGGAAGUAGUGAACUCUGUAGAAGACCGAGACAACCAGGACCUGUACCUUUGCCUGCACGGCUGCCCCGCCAACCAGCGCAUCGACUUCAGGACAUUCAGGGACCGUGCAGUGGAGGGCCACGGCCCAGGCAAGAGCAGGAUGGGCAGCCAGCCCCAUGGGUUUACGUAUCAGGCUGCCAUGGCCAAGUGUAAAGAGCGCCUCCCAGUGGAGGACCUGUACUUCCAGUCUUGUGUGUUCGACCUGUUUUCCUCUGGGGACAUCAACUUCACCAUGGCUGCCUACUAUGCUUUUGAGGACGUGAAAAUGCUCCACUCCAACAAGGACAAAUACCACAUUUUUGAAAAGGAUGCAUUCGGGAGUAAUGCAGCGCCAAGGGGAUCAGAUUUGUUCUCGCUAGUCCUCCUCAACUGUCUGGCUGUGUUGUUGUGGAUUGAGUGCUGCUGGGUUCAUCUAUAGUCCCCUGCCAACAUUAUCCUCAUUAUGCUAGCUGUCAGUGGGUGUGAAACAGUGCUCUCACCGUGUCAUACUUCACCUCUACUGCUCUGUUCUCAGUGGCUGGUGGUCAGUCCAGACAGCAGGGCCGUCCAUACCUCUGAGGGGACACAGCAGCCCAUGUGCAAUCAAACUCAUCCCAGCCCAUGGUCUCAUUGUUGUCAUCAUGUGUUGACUUACAUCUGGUGGAGAGAUGAGCUCUCUGCUCCCACCUAUCAUUGCGUUCAUUCAGCUGGUUUAAGGACUAGUCCUUUGAUUAAAGGAGCAGUGGUGAGAGAGGAGAGCCCAGGAGCCCCAGCACUUUGGAUAUCCACCUGGGAUUAAUUCCUACAUUCCCACUGGGACUGCAUGGGAAGCAAGACGAGAUGAUCUCUUGCAGAAAGAAGAGUUUGCUGAUCGCCUCUCCUCACUGGUGCCAAGCCAGUGGAGCUCUCUGUGGCUCAUGGGUCUGGGCUAGAGGACAUGACAGGGGCUUUUGUUAACUUCUGUCCAGAAGGAGCUCACUGUUUGAUGAGCUUCCAGCUUUGGAAAAGCCUGAGCUUUUUGGAGAAAGCGCUCGGCCAAAAGGAUGUCAGAGCAGCGAGUGACAGUCUAGUCUGCUGUGGAGGUUAAUAGGUCAUAACGCCAGGUCUUUUGUAAGAUUGUGUGUGUGUGUGUGGUUGUGCCCCUCUGUGGUUUAGUGUGUCAGCCAGAACGGGCUGUCUUGAAUAUUGGCGUUUAAAGUGUUAAUUAUGAUAAAUGUAUUUUUGUAUAGGGUGUAAUUAAGAUGUUAAUAAGAAAACAAGCCCUUUACAAACUUUACCAAGGACACACAUAAUGCAGAAACCCAGAUCACGUUUACAGAGUAUAUCUUAUCCCUUCAUUCAACCGAUCAACCAACCAACAUGUACCAUGGCCAGGAAAUUGAUUUCUACAGGUCGUUUGUGAAUGAUUUGUCACUUUUUCUAGGCAGUCAACAGUUCCCCGCAGAUGUAGGUAUCAUGGCCAUGUAUUUGGUUUGAGAAAGAUAUAGUCUUUCUGACCACUCUGUAGAGAGCAGAGAGUAGGUCCUGUAUCAGAGGAGGUUGGUGGGAGGAGCCAUAGGAGGACGGGCUCAUUGUAAUGGCUGGAAUGG